CAGUGCCUGGGUAGCCUGAGCUCCUCAGGAGAGAGCCCCAAUUUCUGGAGCAGAAUGCCUGGACAAACCGAGCAUGCUAGCCAGCAGCUGAGGCUUUUGUUGGGUCUGGGUGCCCCCUCACCUGGUUCCUGCAGACCCCUCCUCAUGCCCCUUGGGUGGCCUGCCAAGGGGGUGGCACGGUGUCUGCAGGGGCCUCCCGCCCUGCCUGGCUCUCACAGACGUCUGGCGUCCUGGCAGGUCCUUGACUCAGAGCAGGACCCUGCAGAACAUGUCCCUGAGGUGGAGGAGGACCUGGACCUCUUGUACGACACGCUGGACAUGGAGAACCCCAGCGACAGUGGCCCUGACAUGGAAGACGAUGACAGUGUCCUCAGCACACCCAAGCCGAAGCUCAGGCCAUACUUCGAAGGCCUGUCACACUCCAGCUCGCAGACAGAGAUCGGGAGCAUCCACAGUGCCCGCAGCCACAAGGAGCCUCCGAGCCCGGCUGACGUGCCUGAGAAGACUCGGCCCCUGGGAGGCAAGCAGCCAAGUGACAACGUCUCUGACACCGUGGCCCCCUGUGCACCGGCCCCGCGGGAGCAGCCAGGACAGCCCGAGGACAGCCCAGAAGCAGAGACCUCCCCACGGGACGUGUUCACUGAGAGGCUGCCGCCCAGUGGGAGGGUCACCAAGACAGAGUCACUCAUCAUCCCCUCCACCAGGUCUGAGGGGAAGCAGGCGGGCCGCCGGGGCCGGAGCACAUCCCUGAAGGAGCGGCAGCCGGCACGGCCACAGAAUGAGCGGGCCAACAGCCUGGACAACGAGCGCUGCCCAGACACGAGGAGCCAGCUGCAGAUCCCCAGGAAGACCGUGUAUGACCAGCUCAACCACAUCCUCAUCUCUGAUGACCAGCUGCCCGAGAACAUCAUUCUCAUCAACACCUCUGACUGGCAGGGCCAGUUCCUCUCGGACAUCCUGCAGAGGCACACACUCCCCGUGGUGUGUACCUGCUCCGCCGCGGAUGUCCAGGCGGCCUUCAGCACCAUUGUCUCACGGAUACAGAGAUACUGCAACUGCAAUCCCCAGCCCCCGACCCCUGUGAAGAUCGCCGUGGCAGGGGCGCAGCAGUACCUCAGCGCUGUCCUGCGCCUCUUCGUGGAGCAGCUGUCCCACAAGACCCCCGACUGGCUGGGAUACAUGCGCUUCCUCAUCAUCCCGCUGGGUUCCCACCCUGUGGCUAGGUACCUGGGCUCCGUCGACUACCGCUACAACAACUUCUUCCAGGACCUGGCCUGGAGAGAUCUGUUCAAUAAGCUGGAGGCCCAGAGCGCUGUGCAGGACGCGCCAGACAUCGUGUCGCGCAUCACCCAGUACAUCGCGGGGGCCAACUGUGCGCACCAGCUCCCCAUCGCUGAGGCCAUGCUGACCUACAGACAGAAGAGGAAAAAGCACUUUCAUUUUGACUUUACCCUAAGGUACGGCUCUCUGGGUCUGCCCCUGCCCUGUCUGUGCCCAGGCUGGUCUUUAGGGCUUGUUUAGCAGUGUCACCACCCAAAUUCACCCUCCCUGAUGUCCUUCCUCUGGGCUGGGAGUCAGGCCCUGGCUACCAGGGCUGGUGCCUGGAGGGGAACAGGUGGGGCCGCUGUGCAGGAAGAGCAGACGUGGACCCCUCUCCUCAGGUCUGGCCUCUCGAGCUGAGUCAGGAAAGCAGAGGCUGGUCCCUGCUGUGCCCGAGCCAGGCCUGCACAUGCUGGGACCACAGAGUCCACAGGGGCAAGGCAGCCGGCAGGCCUCCUCUGUUUCGACCCAGGAUUUUGUUUUAAGAAGUGGCCAGUUUUAUCCCCCAUGAGUGUCUGUGUUUCUGAAGCCACAGACAGUGCAGCCUCCUUUUAAACUAGACAUAGGCACUGGGGAUGGUGCUGAGCCCUGACGACAGCAUCAAGGUCGUCUCGUGCCAGCUUUGCACUGAGCACUUCACACUCACCACAAUGGUCACUUGCUGGCAGUCCCAGGGAGGCGCUGAUGCUGGCUCCACUGUGGGCUGUGGAGGGGGCGGUGGGGAGCUGGUCCAGGGUACGUG